AAGUACUAUUCACAAGAGAUUUGUUCGCGUUGCUUGGACUUUUGACACUUUUGCACUUAAUGCCUGUUGCACACCAAACGUGAUGAAUGAAAUCCAAUGAGAGUUCUUUUUUCGAAGAGAGGUUCAGUCGGGCGUUAGGUGUAAAAGUGUAGAAAUUGCAGGCAACGCAACAAACCUAAGCAGUUCAUUCGAUUCAAAAGUGGUAAUUUUAACCUCGAAAAAUAAACACACUCAGGCAAGCCUUCGGUUGUUAAUAAUAACCGAAUUGCAACGCAAUUAAAAAUAAUUCAUACUACUAUAAAGAGCAUAAACUUAAGACGUAAUAGUUUAAACAUAGAGAUUAAAAUUUUCUUGUCACAACAGGUGACAACAGUCACAAACAGGUUUGUGUAUUUUUUGUCACAACAGGAUAUCAUUAAGACAUUUAAAGUGAUGGAAUGUCCAAGCACAAGUUCAACUAUUAAUAUUUGUGAAUUAUGUAACAAACAUGUGCGUUUGUAUACUUGUCCACGUUGUGGCAUAGGCUACUGUGGAAUCCAAUGUUACAAAUCAAAUGCUCAUACAGAUUGCUCUGAGAGUUUUUACAAACAGUGUGUCGAGGAUGAGCUAAAAUCUCAAGAAAAUGAUCCUGCUGUUAGGCAGAAGAUGGAAGAGAUCCUUAAGAGAGUAUAUGAGGAGGAUUUGGAAGAUGAUAUUUUAGGGGAGAAUAUUGAUGAAGAUUCUCCUUUAGAUUCGGACGAUGAGCAGGAACUUCCUGAUUUAGAAGUCAGAUUACAGAAUGUUAAUCUUGAUGAUCCUAAUGAGCUGUGGUCAGCUUUAUCUAAUACUGAGAGGCAAGAGUUUGAAGCACUUAUGAAGAAUGGAGAAGCAGAAAAAUUAUUGCCCAAGUGGACCCCAUGGUGGACUCAAUGUGUGAAAAAGAAAUUAAUUCAAUCCAUUGACGAAGAUACUACAAAUGCUUAUAGUGACUUGAAGUAUCCUGUUCUAAUAGAUGUAUCAUUAUUUAAUGAACUUCAGAAAGCAUCUCCCUGUGUAUAUUUUAAUAUGAUAAAUGUGAUAUAUGCCUAUGCAUAUGUAGCUCUUUAUUACAAUGGAGAUUAUCUUGAUUGUGCUGACGAUGCUGCCAAUAUCUUUUUAACUAUAUGUAUGAACAUGAAGGAGAAUAAGGUGUUUAACGAUGCAGAAUCAGCAAUUCAAUCAAUUAUAGAAAAUGUUACAAGCAUUGACUGGUUACCACGAGAUAAUCAAACAUUAACAGCGUUAAGAGAAGCUGGAGCUUCCAUCUUGCAAGGGCCAGCUCCUGAAGUGAAAACUGUUUACACAUCUGCAGCUCUUUCAGAAUUGCAUAGAUUAUUAACAGCAGCCAAGAAAGAAAUUUCAACCCCUAAAGAUACAACCAACAAUCAAGAAUUUACAAGAAAAUUUGUGCAAAAAUUCAAUCUUGACGUAACUUUGUCAAAGAAAACUAUACUUCUAUGUUUAAAAAAAUUAGAGUACUAUUUAUCAUGGGUGAAAAGCCAUGAGGCAGAACUACAAAGUAUUGUUUGUUAUUAAAAACUAAAAGUAGGAAAAUAUGUCUAGAUAUCAUUCAUAGGUUUUAUAAUCUGUAAAUAUUUUUUCUUACUAUUAAGUAUAUUCUCCAUUAACCCUUACUGUGUAACGUCUUUUCUGGCAUCUUAAACGUGUAUCUCGUGUCCGAUGCUUAAAAAAGUACAUUAAAGUGUUCUAA